AUGUGGAAAAAGUUGUUGAUUGGGCUAUUUGCCGCGUCAGGGGUAGCCCAGUCCACCGACGGUCUUUACAAUCUUGUCAAGCGGAGGUUACCCAACCACAUUGACAACUUUCAAUUUAAUUUGGUUUCCAAUAUUACUGGGAAUGAUUAUGAUCAAUUCACUGUCCGCAAUUCUCCAAAUGGCACUGUUAUUGUUCAGGGAACUUCUCUCAGUGCGCUCUCUUCGGGUCUUCAUCGCUAUUUGACCGAUGUCGCUCAUGUGGACAUAUACUGGUUCAUUGGAAGCCGACUGGACCAGGCACCUGCUGAGCUUCCUCGCCUUCACGCGCCGAUUGUUGGUUCCAGUACUGUUCCUUGGCGCUAUCACUUUAAUACAGUAACAUUCUCUUAUACCACCGCUUUCUGGUCAUGGGAGGAGUGGGAGACAGAGCUGGACUGGAUGGCCCUGCGUGGUAUCAAUUUACCCCUUGCUUGGGUCGGCGCCGAGAAGAUCAUGGUCGAGGUAUUCCAAGAAAUCGGUCUCACCGACGCUGAGAUCGCGACUUUCCUCAGUGGACCAGCCUUUCAAGCCUGGAAUCGAUUCGGAAACAUUCAAGGAUCCUGGGGUGGUGACUUGCCCACCGAAUGGAUUGACCAGCAAUUUGCCCUUCAGAAGAAGAUUGUGCGUCGCAUGGUUGAGCUGGGAAUGACACCCGUGCUUCCUGCGUUUACAGGAUUUGUUCCUAACAACAUCAGUCGCGUAUAUCCAGAUGCGAGCGUCGUUCGCUCAUCAUCUUGGAAUGGCUUUCAAGUUCGGUACACCAACGAUUCAUUUCUGGAGCCAUUUGAUGAUCACUUCGCGACACUACAAGCUAGCUUUCUUCGCAAGCAACAAGCUGCGUAUGGGAAUGUGACCCACAUUUACACUUUGGAUCAGUACAAUGAGAUGGAUCCUUACUCGGGGAAUCUGGACUAUCUUCGCAAUGUCACCAGUACCACGUGGAAGAGCCUCAAGAAUGUUGACCCGGACGCGAUCUGGUUGAUGCAGGGCUGGUUGUUUUACAGCUCAUCGGAUUUCUGGACCGAUGAAAGGGUGAAAGCAUAUCUCUCCGGCGUUGAGGACGAUAGCGACAUGUUGAUUCUGGAUCUGUUCUCAGAGUCUGAGCCUCAAUGGCGUCGCACCGACUCCUAUUACGGGAAGCCAUGGAUUUGGUGUCAACUGCAUGACUAUGGUAGCAACAUGGGCCUUUACGGACAGAUUUCAAACAUUACCCAAAAUGCGACCCAGGCCUUGUCCGAGUCUUCAUCUAUGGUUGGUUAUGGACUCAGUCCUGAAGGCCAAGAAGGAAAUGAGAUUGUUUAUGACUUGCUCUUAGACCAGGCUUGGUCUGCGACUCCGAUGGACACAGAGAAAUACUUUCACAACUGGGUGACUAGUCGGUACACUGGCUCUAAAUCUAUUCCCCAGGGACUGUACGAUGCAUGGGAGACUAUGCGAAAGCCCGUAUAUGACAACACUGACCUCACCGACAUCGAUGCCGUGAUUAAAUCCAUUUUCGAACUUCAACCCGGCGUCGAAGGUCUUCUCGACAAGACUGGUCACCAUGGCACGAUGCUGACCUAUGACCCGUCCGUAGUGACAGAAGCAUGGCAAUCCAUGUUCCAUGCCGCCAAUGAGGAGCCAACGCUGUGGCACAAUCCAGCCUAUCAACAUGAUAUGGUGGACGUGACCCGCCAAGUGAUGGCCAAUGCCUUCAUCCCACUGUAUAGCAAUCUGAUCUCGACCUGGAACAGCUCCUCAAAAGACACCCUCACGCAAGAUGGACAGAAGCUAAUCCAACUUUUGAUCGACCUUGACUCUGUUCUCUCGACAAGUGAGAACUUCCGCCUCUCGACCUGGAUUGACUCUGCUCGAUCCUGGGCUGACAACGAAAGUCAAGCUUCCUUCUACGAGUAUAAUGCUCGCAACCAAAUCACGCUGUGGGGUCCUCGUGGAGAGAUUACCGAUUACGCCUCAAAGCAAUGGGGUGGUCUCAUUUCUUCAUACUAUAUCCCGCGCUGGAAGAUUUUCGUUGAAUAUUUACAGACAGCCACAGUAUCAGCCUAUAACGAUACUAUUCUAGGGGAUCGGCUAUUGGAUUUUGAACUUGGAUGGCAGAAGCAGAAGUGGUCGGAUGAACCUUCUAGCAUGGUAAAUGACCUAGAGCAAAUUCUGACAGAAGUGCACCAACGGUGGCAAAACGUAUUUGCGUGA